GAGUUGGAGAGGGAGAACCAGAGGCUUGCCCAGAUUGUUUCCACCUGUAGCUGCAGCUCCAAGGAGGGCAAUGUACCAUCUUCUUUAUCUGAGAGCCGUGAUCAACAAGUACAGAAGAAUGCAAAAUCACAUGAAAGUAGAACCUCAGACCAUGGCGUAAGCCUUCCGUUCGAUCACAUGACGAUAUCUACUGAAAAUCAAGUAUUGUGCAAUGUUAAAGGGGAAGGGCAUGAUGAUUUAUCUAAAAUUCGAAGGAAGCAUUCUAAAAGAACAGGUCACCAAGUAGGGAAUGUAAGCCACUGCCAAAAGCGACUAAUUGCUCUGAAAAUCAUGUACUUCGGCCAGAGAUUCUAUGGCUUUGCUUCAGAAGCCCAUACAGAGCCGACGGUUGAGUCUGAGAUAUUCAAAGCACUUGAAAGAGCAAGAUUACUGGUUGGAAGUAGGAAAGAUUUAUGCUAUUCUAGGUGUGGAAGAACUGACAAAGGAGUUUCUGCUACUGGACAGGUAAUCUCCUUAUAUUUGCGAUCAAAUUUAAAAGAAGCAGGAGGGAAUGUGGGUGAAAGAUCUGAAAUCGAUUAUGUAAGUGUAUUGAAUAGAAAUCUUCCACGAGAUAUACGUGUAAUAGGUUGGUGUCCAGUUGCAGCAGACUUUCUCGCAAGAUUCUCCUGCUUGGGUAGGGAAUAUAAGUACUUGUUUUGGAAGGGGGGCUUGGAUGUGUCGAAAAUGCAGAAAGCUGCACUUAAAUUCAUUGGGGAACAUGACUUAAGGAAUUUCUGUAAGAUGGAUGCAGCAAACGUGAGCAACUACAAGUGAUGCAUUACAGAUUUUACUAUUUCUGCGUGUGACCAAAGGUCCAACCAUGAUGAGCUAUGGUCCAUGAAUAUCAGGGGUAGCGCCUUUCUGUGGCAUCAAGUUCGUUGCAUGGUAGCUGUUCUUUUUCUUGUAGGUCAAGGCCUUGAAUCACCUUGUGUAGUUGAUUCAUUGCUGGAUAUUACCAAGACACCUAGAAAACCUCAAUAUACAAUGGCACCAGAGCUUCCAUUGAUUCUGCGAUCUUGUCUAUUCGAUGGAGUCAGCUUCAUGUGUUCAUCAGAUGCCAGUCAGGCUUUGAUUGAACACUUGAAGGAUGAAUACCAUCAGUAUAUGUUCCAAGCCGCUAUAUUUGAUGAGGCUUUGACCUGUUUAUCUAUUCCAGAGCCUAAUCCACUUGAAUCCCCUAAGAAGAAGAGAAAACAUAUCCCUCUCCUGUCACGGGAAACAGAACCUUCUUACGAGGAACGCAGAGCAAGAGUCAAAGUUAAGUCAGCAACAUGUAGUUGAGUGGCUACCUUAAGUAGCACACUAAGAGUUUCGCCUUUGGAGAUCGGUGCGGCUGACUAGUUGAGUGUGAUAAUCAUCAAGCAUCAAGUUCUGGGACGGGCUAAAGUGUUACGCGACGAUGGGGAAUUGACAAAAGAAGUUCAUUGUUCAGAUAUCCUUCAAGCUUUGCGUUAUUCACCACCCUUUGCUACCUACCAGCCUUCUGACAGGCCUUGAUAACUCUGCUCUGUCUUGUUGUUGCUAUUGCCAUGCGAUUAAGGUACAAGCUGCUUACUGGAUUGUAGAGUAGUUGCAUCUAAGCAACAGUUGUAUCGCUACAAGGCAGAAUUAUUUGAUUUCGCAAGCGGCAAUGCUUGCUUGGGCCGUGCUUGGAUUAGGUGUAAAAUAAUACAGAGGUGUUUUCUUUACACGUGUAAUUUACCGGCCAGUGAGCAAUUUCCGGCCGGAAACGAAACGACCGAGCGAGGCAUGUAUUUUUUACGGAGGUAUUUGAAACGAAAACGCUGAUCCAAACAGGCCCUUGGUCU